AUGAACAAAAUUAAUUAUUUACUAAAACGGGGAUCAAUUCACGAUAGGAGAAGAUCGGGUAGACCACGAACUACCACAACUACAGCUUCUGAAAACAUAGUUGUCAAAGAAAUUCAAGUGAAAAACAAUGCUAGUGUUAGAAAUGUAUCAGCAAAAUUAAAACAACAAGGCUGGAAGACAUCACGGUCGUCAGUUCAUAGGGUAGCAAUAUCAAGCGGAUUGAAAUCGUUUAAAAAAAAGAAAACACAAAAAUUAACAUAUGAUAACAAAAUACAACGUGUUCAAUGUGCCAAAGUUUUACGAAAAAAGUUUGGUGUUUCGAAAAGAUCGAAAAAAUGGCGAUGGCAUGAGGUCAUUAAUACCGAUUUUUCUGGGAAAUUCACUUUAGAAUCACUAUCGAAUCCACAUAAUGCAGGUGGUUGGGCAAGAAAUGCUGCAGAAAUACCACUAACAAUUCGCAAUCGUCCUCGAAAUAAGUUCGCAAUUGGUGUUGUUUUUUGGGGUGGUAUCUCAUAUGACGGAUUGAUUCCAAAAAAUGGUCCAAUUGAUGUUACAUCUUGGUUAAAAGCUCAAGUGAAGGAAAAUCGACAACAAAAAACUUAUAUGAAUGGUCGACUGUAUGCAAAGUUUAUUAAAGAAGUUGGCUACAAGCACAUUCGAAAGUUAAGUUCAACAGAACCUUUAUUCCCAGAUGAUCCUGAUACCAAACAUAGGACAAAACAUGUAUUAGAAACUAUUGAUAAAUUAUUUAUUGACCGAAUUUUACCUGAAGAAGGUGAUGCAAAAUUUGCGGAUGUAUGGCCUAUCAAAAAAGUGUGGGGGAUAAUAAAAGAAAAAGUACGAGGAGAACAAUUUUCGAGUUUUGAACAAUUGAAAGCUAGAGUGAAUAAGAAUGGAAGAAAAUUACCCGUGUCAACUGUAAAAAAAUGA